ACAGCAUGCAGCAUGUGGUAGAUCUACAAACCCUAUUCUGUAUUCAGCAUUGCCGUAUUGGCAGUAUUGCUUGAAUUGCUGCAAUAACCUGAUACAAUUGUACUUUUUCUUUCUGCAUUUGGAUGCUUUUUGACUUUGGUUCAUUAUUGGCUGCUGCUCCGGGAGCUUGAAAAUGACGUCCUUCUGCGUGUUGUGGGAUUUUCGAAAUUCGCUAUGGAAACUCAGAUAGAGCUUUGUGUCUCAAGAAAGAGGCCAGACGCUGAGGUGAUUUUGAACCACUGCUCAGACCAGCAGAUGUCUCCACCAGAAAGGCAAAGGCCAAGCCUUUGCUCCAGAGCCGUUGAAACUGUGACCAGGGUCCUACACAACAAAGAAACGUGGAAGACGAUAGGGAUUGGCCAGCUACUAUCUCUGUUCAUUUGUGGCACGGGCGUCACAAGCCAGCUGUUGCAAACUUACAACUUUGCGGCACCUCUCACCCAGCUAUUCACCACAUACUUCCUUCUGGGAGCGAUCUUUUCAACGUCACUGAUGUACCGAAAAGAUUCCCAGGAGCUUAAAGAGAUAUUGCGGCAGCGCGGCUGGAAAUAUCUAGUGCUGAGUGUCAUUGACGUUCAAGCUAACUUUGCCGUGGUGAAAGCCUAUCAGUACACAACUCUAACCAGUGUUCAGCUUCUUGACGGCUUCUCUAUACCUUGCGUCAUGCUCCUGUCCCGGUUUGUACUGCGUUCCCGGUUCAAGCUGGGUCACUAUAUAGGUGUGGCAGUCUGUGUUAUUGGUAUGGCCACGCUGAUUGUAACCGACUACUUUCACAACUAUCGUGAUGAGGGCCAAGACGCCAAGUCUAAGCACAGUCAGAUAAUUGGUGACUUGCUGUGUUUGCUGGGAGCAUUCCUGUAUGCCACCAGCAAUGUUUGUGAGGAGUACCUCGUGAAGCGCAUCGAUGUGUCCGAAUUCCUUGGCAUGUUGGGAUUUCUUGCCAGCUUCGUGUGCGGCAUUCAAAUAUUAGCACUGGAGCGCUCUGAGCUAUCUGAUGUAGACUGGGCGACGCAUGGAACCAGUGUUGGUCUGCUUGCAAUUGGGUUUGCCAUAUUCCAGCUGUUGGUCUACUUGGUAAUGCCGUUCGCAGUUCGUCAAAGUAGUGCAGUCACCAUCAAUUUGUCCUUGCUCACGGCUGACCUCUACAGUUUACUGUUUGGUCUUUUCCUCUUCUCCUACAAGUUCUCCGGCCUGUACUUCUUGGCCUUCAUUCUGAUCUUGGCUGGACUGAUUACCUACACAUCGUUUCCGAUUUCCACCGCCGUGUCGCACACUGUGGAUGGCCCGUCAAGCCCAGCUACAUCAUCAUCAGCUGUGGCGACCGCCAGUGAUAGAUCGUGUGCUGACGAGAAUGAUGAGCACUCGCGGGAUGACCAUGACCCAGCUGGUGGCAAUGCUAGCAAUCAAACCAGUAGACAAGCUGCUGAGCUGACUGCUACUGCUCCUGCCGUGAAUGCUGCUGUUAUUUCUAGUGAGAGUGAUGUAGAUAACGACGGAGCCGGUGACUUGCAGCCACUUAUUCAGCAUCCUCCUUGCUCGUGACAAAGGGAGUACGCCGCUUGGCUAUACACUCAAAGCUGCUUCCACCACAUCAAGUCCAACUUGGUAGACAUCAUCAGAAAAUGAUGUUAGAAUGGGACAUUCCCAGGAAUUUAAACCGGAGAAACUGAAACAGGAAAAGCAGAUGAAGUACACACAUGUGAACAACAGUUACAACACAUUCCAAUAUUCCAUGUGAGCAGUAUGGCACUGGACAUCAGCCGUACUGUUCUGCAUAUUAUUUUAUGUUGUCUUUGAUCAGGGCCGGGGACUGUAUGCGAUUCACGAAAAAUAUUGAAACAGCAGCUAUUGUGCAAGUCCACAUGAUUGUGUGGUCUUAAUCAUCAGGCCUAUAUUUAUUGUUUAUUCACCCUGCUGGCAGGCUUCUGAUCUAUGAUCUAUGAUCCUUUUUUAAUACUUCAGAAAUAAAUAUUCUUCACUAGUUUGAGGGAAAGACACAAA